AUGUUUCAUGUGGGUGGACACAAAGGUGUUUGCGGCAGGGGUAGAUCCAGUGGAUUCAGUCGACACCACCCCCAUUUCAUGGGACACGUCAACUGGAAAGGCCCCCUUCGCUGCGGAAUCAUCUUCUGCACCAUCAGCUGCAUGCUGUUUGUCAUCGGCGUGAUCCUGACCUGGCUAGGUAUUCGUAGAAGGGUCCAUGAUGUUCUGGGUGAGAGUGCUCCCAUUACCGGGCCUAUCCUUCUGGCUGUUGCUGGGCUCAUGCUGAUCCUGGCCAUGCGACAGUUCUACAUGGCGCACGUUAGAAAGAUAGCUCACAAUAAAGCUCUGCAG